UCCCAUUCCCCUUUUUACCCUUUUCUUCCUUUUCUGUUUUUAAUACUCACUUCACAAAACCGCGUCUCCCCUUCUUCAAUGGCGUUACUCUUUACACUUUCACUCUCUUGAGUCUUGAUCUCCAUUCCAAACUCAAAUCAACGCUCUACAAUCUUCCAUUCUACCUUAACCCAACUCCCAUUUCUUCAACACCCCAAUAACUCCCACAAUGCACGCUAAAACCGACUCCGAAGUCACCAGUAUCGCCCCUUCUUCUCCGACCAGAUCUCCUCGCCGUCCUGUCUACUUCGUUCAGAGCCCUUCCAGAGACUCACACGAUGGGGAGAAGACUGCCACCUCCUUUCACUCUACUCCUGUUCUCACUAGUCCCAUGGACUCCCCUCCCCAUUCUCGCUCCUCCGUCGGCCGUCACUCUAGAGAAUCUUCCUCCAGUAGGUUUUCUGGAUCUCUUAAACCUGGAUCCAGGAAGAUCACUCCUAAUGACGUCUCUCGCGGCGCACAUCGGAAGGGUCAGAAGCCAUGGAAGGAAUGCGAUGUGAUCGAAGAGGAAGGUCUUCUUGAAGACGAAGAUCGGGGAAAAUCUCUUCCUCGUCGCUGUUAUGUUCUCGCUUUCAUUUUGGGAUUUGUUGUUCUUUUCUCUAUGUUUGCUUUGAUUCUUUGGGGUGCUAGUAGGCCGAUGAAGCCCAAGAUCACUAUGAAGAGCAUUACAUUCGAGCAAUUCAAAAUCCAAGCCGGUUCCGAUUUUACGGGCGUCGCCACUGAUAUGGCUUCCGUAAAUUCUACUGUGAAACUCAUUUUUCGAAACACCGGAUCAUUCUUCGGCGUCCACGUCUCUCCUACUCCCGUCGAUUUAUCAUAUUCCGAAAUCACAGUCGCAUCAGGAACCGUUAAAAAGUUCUAUCAAUCACGGAAGAGUCAUAGAUCUAUGACAAUCAAUGUAAUCGGUACCAGAGUCCCACUGUACGGAAGUGGAGCAAGUCUGAGCGGUUCCACUGGAACCCCCGAAACACCAUUGCCGUUGAAACUGAGAUUCGUGAUCAGAUCCAGAGCCUACGUGCUGGGCCAAUUAGUGAAGCCAAAAUUCUACAGACACAUCGAUUGCCCCAUAAUUUUCGAUUCCAAGAAACUCAAUGUCCCCAUGUCGCUCAAGAAUUGCACAGUCGUUUGAAAACGAAAACGAAAACGAAAUCGAGAAUCACUUGAACAUUUAUUAAGAUCAGUACUUGUUUUUUUGUUCUUGAGGUGUCUAGGAAAUGGCGGACUGCGACAACUGGAACAGAAACGGGGGACGCCAGAACGGGAAGGGUAAAAGUGGAAUAAGCGACAGAAACGGGGUUUCGAUUGGCUGCCCGUUUGCCCGACUAGUGCAAUACAGGUCGGUUUCCGGGCAGCGACAUGUGAAUGAAUGUUGGCUUUUAUUUUAAUUUUUUUUCGAUUUUUAAUUAUCUCAUUCUUUUAAUUACCAUAUGUGUGAGUGAUGAUAAUCAUAAUAUAUAUAAAAUCAAAUUUUAGUUUACAUAUUUUUGCUCCA